UCCCGUGAACUCGAUUCCUUACUCCGAUUCUUAAUACUUGAGAAUUAGCUUGAGUUUACCGAGUAAAUAAAACAGCGUUGUUUAAACAGAUUCAUUUGAUCCCCUAUACAUUAAAUCCAAAACAAAACAUGAUGAAUCAACAAAGAACGAAUGCCCUUGGUUCAACACAAUUUCGUAACUCUCCAAAUAUUAUGGAUGGAAUUGGCCAGCCAGUUGGAGGCAGCGCUGGUGUUUCUAUAAAUUCACCACCAUUACCACCGCGUAGACCAAUGUCUUCAUACCAGACUUAUAAUCCAUUUGGAUCUUAUAUGGGUGGUUACGGAUAUGGAUCAGGUUGGAAUAACAUGGGUAUGAACAGAUAUGGGAGUAUGGGACCUUAUCCGGGAUAUUCAUUGUAUGGUCAAAAUCAAUGGAGUGGCCCAAGCGGGGAUGUGGAAAAUAGAUUUGUACAAUAUGCUGAAGAAAGUACAAGACCAGCAUUUCAAUCAAUAGAAACAAUGGUUCAUACAUUUUCAUCUGUAACAAUGAUGUUAGAAUCAACAUUUUUUGCUAUGACCAGUUCAUUUCGAGCUAUAUUAGGAGUAGCUGAAAAUGUUGGGAAAUUAAGAUUAAUGUUAAGACAACUUUUGAAUAAUUUUGCCUUAAUACGUUUUUUAAAAUGGUUAUAUUGGAAGAUAAAAUAUACACUUGGAUUAAGAAAUCAAGAUACAAAUAGUGAAAUUUUAUGGAGAGAAACAAUUUCAGAAAUUAUGAAUGGACAUUCAGAACAACCAGGAACAUCGUCGUGGCCAAUUUUCUUAUUUUUAAGCAUUCUUUUUGCUACGCCAUAUAUAAUUCACAAAUUAGUACAUAAUUCAAAAAACAUGAGCAUUGAUGUUAAGAAUCCAAAAGAAUGGCUAGAAAGCGGAGAAGCAGUUUAUACCGCAACUGCGCUUUACAGUUUUAAACCAGCUUCGUCAGAAGAAUUGCCUUUAAAAAUUGGUCAAAAGGUCUGGCUAGCUCCUCAAACAUUACAACCAAAAAAUUUACCAGGAUGGUCAAGAGCUACAGAUAGUAUAAAUGUUGGAUUGAUUCCUUCAAAUUAUGUUACAAUAGUUGGUCAAUUAAAAAAGAAAUCCGAGUUCAUUCAGUCACAAACAACAAAUUCUCAUCAACCUUCGACACUAAAUGAAGAUUUAGAAUGUCAAAAUGUCGAUGAUCUUAAUAAGAUUAAUAAUGACAGUUUUAAUAAAUCGAAGAUGAAAGAAACUUCGGAAAUGAAAAAUGAAAAUAAUUAA